GCUGUGCAGGCACUUUCAGUUUCUAAGAGCAGAACACAGCGGUCGCACAGCUUCAAAGUGCCCGACGAGCAAAAAUUGGAACAGCCUUUUCCGAUCGAGGCAGCCCAGGGGCAGACUUCGAAGAGACAGAGCCAGAGCCAGAGCCAGAGCCAGACUGUAGCAGAGUCCACAGACAGCAUGAGGCUCACGCUCGUUUGGAUCUGUGUCUGCCUGGCGAUUUAUUGUAGCGGCGGUUUCGCCAACAACGGCCCAGGCAAUGUGGUCGUAUCUUUGCCACCAUCGCUUAUCGCUGCUACGGAGGCGGUGGCCUUGAGACAAAAGCUGAACCACGAGCGGCCGCUGUGGAAAAAGGAUGCACGCGUCCUGUUUGACAGCAGCGGCAAUGGCAACGAUGCACCGCGCGAUAUGGCGCACAGUAAGGAGUCCGCUUCAGUCGAGGGUAAAUACAAUUUGCCCUACAAGAGCAACACCAACAACAACAAUAACAACAAUGACGACGACGCUGACGUCGAAGUCGAAAUGCAGCAGCAACUGCGACCAGCGGAUUUUAAUCGAAAAGCACUGAGCGAGGCUUAUGAUUUAGAGGCACGACAGCAAUCAGCACCGCAGGAAAUUGUGCCGCGAAAUGGCCAACAACUUGGAGUCAAAUAUGCCACGCCCCCGCCACACAAAUACUGGACAAGUCGCUGCCCGGCCACGAAUGGUAUUUGUCCACGGGAAUACAAUCGCGCCAUGCUGGCGGUCAGAAAUAGAGAAGCUGUCGCCCGUUUGCGACAUCAGCUGUACGAUAUGCAGGAUCAGUUGGAUUCUAGCAAUAAUGAUGCUACCAGCGACAUGGAUACCAGCGACUCAAAUGAAGAUACAAACGUGAAGAACUCGAACAAUGAAGUUUUCAUGCUGCUAACGGGCGAGCAGGAUCUGGCGAAGUUCCUGCAUUGGGCCAUGGUGCAGCUCUAUCCCCAUCAGCAUCCGAAUGAUAAUUUGAGCGCAAGUGCCGCUGAAUUUUAUCACCCAGGCAUGUUCAUUUGGAAGACGUUCAACUUCUCAGGGCACUUGGAGCCGCCGCUGAUUGUGGACGAGCCACAAUAUGUGCUGGUGCGGCGCGAGAAGCAGGAUCAAAAGGAUAGCUACCAAUUGGGCGAUGAUUUAAAAGUAAGGGAUGAUCCGUUUAUACCACCCCGAGGCCGUAAGUACACUUCACCCGAUCUGGAAGAGCUCUUGCAACGCCACGAGGCAUUUGUACCGAAUCGCGGCAAGCGCGAUAAAGUCAAAGAUCUGUUCAAGUAUGACGAUCUUUUUUAUCCGAAUCGCGGCAAAAAGCAUCGCGAGAUUUUCAAACUGGACGAUCCCUUCUUUCCGCAUCGCGGCAAAAAACUGCAUCUGCGCGAUCUGUACAACAUUGACGAUCCAUUCUUUCCGAAUCGCGGCAAGCGAAAUGUGCUGUCGGCUAGCAAGUGGGGAAAACUACAGAGAAAACUACAAUCUACAGGCAGAGACAAGAGCAACGACAACAGCGACAAAGGCGACAACAGCGACAACUGGCUGCAAAGAAUGUCAACGCAUGAAAUUAAUGGUAACGAUCAAUCAGUCAAGCCAUCAAUGUCAGCCGACGAUGCAACUGAGGGCGCUAGCUUGCAACGUUUACUACAACUGCAACUGCCACAGUCUGCUAAUAGAUUGCAGCCGACAAGAUCAAUGUCAGCAAAUUUACAGCGCCUGCGCUCCAUUGUCAAUCCGGGCAUGCGCCAUCAGCAGUCCAAGCAGCAACAACAGCAGGUGAAAACAUCCUGGCCAGCUGGGGGCUACCAGCAUCGCUGGCACCGAUCUGUGCACGAUGCCCGCGAGACACAAUUAACGCGGGUGCAAAACGCUGCUAGUGCCGGCCAUGAUACUGACAUUGACAUUGAUUAUGGCCAAUUGGACAUGUAAAUGCUGCGAUGGCGAUCGUUUUGUAAGCGCAUAUUUCGGCCAGUUCCCUCAAGGCACUCGAGUGUUGUUUCUCACUACGUAUUUUGUUUUUAUUUUGUGGUGCACGAAGGGUCAGUAAAAAUGUAU